GUGACAAUGACGUGACGUGUAUGAUUUUCUCGUGAAAACUAUUGAUUAGAUUUUUAUGAAUGAUAUUUUAUUAAUUUAAUAAGGAAAUAAAUAGAUAUUACAAUGACGAGUAAGGGUAAGUCCUCUGAUGGUGCCAACAAAGGUAAAGGAAAUGAAUCUAUUUGGAAAAAGGCGUUUGCAUCGAACCAAGAAUGGCCGGAUAAGGACGAAUUUCUAGAUGUAAUAUACUGGAUGAGGCAAGCGUUAGGGAUUAUACUAGGCCUCUUUUGGGGCCUACUUCCCUUGAAAGGAUUCCUGGGAUUAUUACUAUUCUUAGCAAUAAAUGCAGGUAUUAUAUACCUGUAUGUGAACAACUUUCAGACCAUUGAUGAGGAGGAAUUUGGUGGAAUGUGGGAGAUUACAAAGGAAGGAUUCAUGACUUCAUUUGCUGGUUUUUUGGUGACAUGGAUCAUUGUAUACACAGGAUUACACGGGAGUAAUUUAUGAGAGGAAAUGUUUUACAGACUUUAGUGCUGUUGUAAGCCAAGCCUAACUGCCAAGUUGUACAAAUGGAAUGUUGAAACAUUGACAGACGUGUUUUAUGGACAAUAACGUGAAUGUUUGCUGACCUAUGAAACUUUGAACACAGUGAUUUUUUGCUACCACACAUCAUAGCUAUAAAACACCAUUUGUAGCGGGAAAACGCGCGUUUUUCGUGUGUAUUCAUACCAUAGAGUAUUUCUUUGUUAUUUUAUAUUCUUAUGAAUUCAUAAUAUGCUAUUUUGUUGACUUGUUGUUUACUUGUGUAAACAUAAUCAUUCUUGUUACUGUGUAUUAUGUAACUGUGUCAUUGCAUGUUUAUAUUGUCACAAAAAGUUGCUGUGGAUAAAAGUUCCAGAGCCGUAUUUUUGAAUAAUUCGUUUUCCGUAAGUUUUUCCCCAUUUCACGUAACACAUCAGAACUUGUCAUUUGCACUAUAUAUUUUCACACGUGAGUUGGGGAUAGAUAAUUCAAAAAUACAAGCCCUGAUCUGUUAUAUUUAUUUAUUUCAUGUCCUUGUCUAUACUUAUGAUGGUAUAUGAAAAUCAGUCAAUAUUCAUGUUUCUUAUGUUGGUUCAUAUUUGUCUAGCAAUAAAAAGACAUAACCUACAUCUAAGUACAUUAUGUACAUAAUUUAUUUUCUCAAUUUAAAAAUUAUAUUUGUAUGUUUCUUAAGGAUUUACUACAUAACCUCCAUUGCUUUCUAUUAAAUAAAAAUAAUUGUUUCUGGAAAACAUUUGCGAAUCUAGUGCUAUGUUAUGGGUAAACGCGCACCUAGAAGCGCCGCAAGAGCCGCACGCGCCGAAGUCGUAUUUUAUAAUUUUUUGUAUGAAAUCGUAUGCAACGUCGCGCGCCUAUCCGCGCCGCAUGACCCGCAUUUUGCCGCAAAAUGCGAUGACAUAGGCGCGUGCGGCUCCUGUGUCGAUAGGUGUGCAUACCUUUAGACUAAAUUGGGUCAUAUUGCAUUGCAAGAAUCCGUAAGUAGUUUCGCUACCGACUUAUCCUAUCGAAACUAUUUCAUAACACUGUUUUACCACCCGACUGCGCAGCGCCAUGAGGGUAAUGUAUGUGUUUAUCAUUUAUAAAGGUAGUCGCAUGACUUGACGUAAUGUGCGCGACGCUCAUAUUUAGUGAUCAAUCAAUGUGGUGAAAGUUUUCUGUGCAUUUCUGUAAUAUUUUAAGUGAAAUAAUAAUUGUUAAGUUUAUGAAAUAUCUCGGAGUGAACCCAAUCAAGUAUCUUGAAAAAGGUUUUUAUGUUUUCACGAAACCAAUGCAAUCAGUCGUGUUAUUUUAUUUAUGAUGUUAUUCUAUUUGUUGCAUGUACGACCAUAGUGUAGUGAAUUUACCCUAUUUUGAACAAAUAUUAAAGUGGUUGAUUUAAUAAAAA